AUGUCGCAACCAACUGUCCCUCCAUUGCCCCAGAUAUUUAAUUUUCUCCAACUGGCCGCCCAGAAUCCCACACAAUACGGAGGAAAUGCUGCAGAUGCCCCGGAGUUGACAAGAAUUCUACAAGAAAUACGAGACUUAAGUAUUCCUAAUGGGGCCCAACACAGCGCUCAAGGCCUUGAGCCUUAUCAAAGCAUUGCCCGCGCCAAUAACCCUACUUGGAAUGCACGCCCAGACUUACGCCCAAAGAUAUCAAAGUUUCGGAUAGUCAAACAUACCCACUGGGGCAAAGCCUAUUGGAGCCCGGUUGACCUCCUUGGCCUGUUCUUUUCAAGACUAGAGCCAGCGCCUCUAGGUGCAACUGUGCGAACAUUUUUUCUACCAAUGACAGCACUAUUUGGUCGUUGGGCCUUUCAACUUGUCGGGCAUUAUGCCGGAAUGCAAAGUUGUAUGUGGAAAAUCCAAGACAACGGUCCAGCUCAAUUUUUCCUUGGUGCAUCCAUUGUGGGAUACGAUGCAGAUAUACCUACCUGCGGAAACUGGCGCCGGGUCAUCCAAAAGGCCAGAUAUUCCUUACUUCCAAAUGAGUCCCUCUUUUUACGAGACUGGUCGUUUGCCAACUCGCCACAUGGACCGAUCCACCCAAAGGACGAUUACCCAUUGGGGAACUGUGCGGAGCUAUACCCAUACCUCCACCUCCUUAGAGGUGUUGACGAAAGCAACAAGAAUGUGUACGGCAUUGCAUUGAAGAAAAAGGGAGUUCGCUCACCUUCAUACAAUGACACUCUCCAAGGAAGUGUAUGGCAAAAUGUUCAAUGGCCUUGCGUCAAGUGCCGAGAACUGAUCCAUAUCCAGGAGGGUGUGCUUGCAAAUUUUGCUCCAUAUGCUGGAUCAAAAGGAGCCCCCCCAUAA